AUGACAGGGAAAGCCUUCUUUGAAUAUUUCAGGGAGAAUUCAGAAGAGCGAAAGGAGUUUAAAGCUCCUGACAAGAAGAUUAGCGAUCCUAAGACAGCAGAACACCUCCAGAAUAACUUAUCAUACAUGAGAGUCCAGUUUUUUAAAUAAAAUUGACUACGAAGAUGAUCAUUUUAGCCUAGAAGACUUAGUUAUAGGGACAAAAGCUUAUUGUAUGCAGAGUAGAAAAGACAUGGCCAAAGAAUUCUCCCUUACUUCAAGAAAACAGAUAUGAAUUUCUUUUGGCAUAGGGUCAUUUAUAUUUACAAGGAGGAUCAACUUCUCAAUUGGAAUAUUUACAAUCACAGCGUACACAGUGUGUCCUGAGAUAUUAGAAGCCAUUUACAAAUUCAGAUAGACAUAAAAAAUGAGGAAGUCAUAUAC